UUUUCUUAGUGUUCUUACUUCUGCAUGCGCGCGACGCGUUUAUUUACUUGCGAAAAGCUUAUUUCCACUAGCGUCGCAUUUCGGCGCUUUCGAGUCGCAUCUGUGGCCCCCUAGCGCACACGUGCUUCUCCCGUUACGUCAGUGACUUUCUCGGGUAGCAGCGACCCUCGGCUAGUAGCCGAGAAGGGACUAGCUAACCCGGCGUAUUUUCUUCUACAUUUCGCACAUACAUACACAUCCAUGGACGUUCUAUCUCGUGCCCUGGAAAGCCACCUGACGGACACGUUUCCGGAAUCAUUUCAUUUACUUAAUGCGAAGCAGUAUGAAGACUUCAAAAAGGCAUUGGAGGCGGAACUCGUCGCGUUGCAAAAAGGGACUAGCAGCACGUAUCUCCAGUUCAGAGCCGAGUUAGAGCAAAAACGGGAUGAGGAACUUCGAAUUGCACAACAUUGGAAGAAUUAUCUCGCUAAAAGUGCCCAAAAAGAGUACGAAACCGAGGUUCGGGCUGCUGAGGAUGAGUACGAGUCGCAUAAGACGUGUCUUAAAAAUAAGGUUUUGGAACAUCUGCACGAAAAAAAGCGUGCUAUCCAAGAAGAAAACGAGCUGUUUGACAUUGGAAACGAGUCGUCGUUGCUCACACACGACACUCCGGCUGCUCAUUACAUUGAUCGUCGAAAAUUACGGCAUCGACGAGCUCCAGCAAAUGCUCAGCCGUUGACACCUACACUUAAUUUCUUCGACGAUUACCUUCUUUUUCCCACCGACCAGACUGCAGAGAUUCCCGUAGCCGUUACCGAGAGCAUCCAACGAGCGCUCGACAGCGGUAAGAUGAGCUCUCUCGACAAUGCUCUUUUCUCUCCACUGUUGUCGACAGCGAAUCAUUACAUAACCACACCUCGAGAGCGUGAUCCACGUGCCUCUGAGCGUGCUGAACGUGACCGGGAAAAGGCUGUUGAACGCGGUUUGACUGCUGCUUCUGAGGCUGAUGUGCAGGCCGACUUGCAGACCAUCGAGACUGAAAUCCAGCGAAAACGAAUGAAGGUGUGAUGAAGCCAAUGUAACUCACUCUCGCUGCCACAAUUACCAGCAGCUCAUUGAGCCGCUGAUUUGACAGUGCACGCCUCCUUCACCACACCCCAUUCCUCCCUCCCUUCCUGUUUCUUCCUCUUAGGUUGCUGCCGCCUGCCUCUUCUUCUAUUGCUACUGCUGCUUGGAUCUGCAGGAUGAUCGUCGACUGAUCUGCAUGGUGUUGUUCGAUGAUCUGCGUGACAAUCGAUGACGCCUCCUGAUCUCCCUAUGAUCGUCCAUUCUCUCGUGUUCGCCAAUAGUUGAGGUAAUUCUCACGUGACACGUCUAUUCUUUCCCCAAGGGAGGCGUUGUCUCGGUCUUUCGGCCAA